CACGUUUCAAGCAUUUUCUGCGAUUUCUCGUUUCACAAAAUAUCUUCUGAGGCUACACGAAACCAGCGAGCAACCAGCUUCGUCUCUCUCUCUCUCUCUUGAGUCUUCUCAAGUAAAACCUCAACUCCUGAAGUAUACGCAUGGGAGAUCAUCAGAACGAUCUAAACGAUGACGUUUUCUCCUUCUUCACCACUCCUAACGAUUCCGACUUCUCUGCGUCGACGGCUACUCCUUCCACGCUUUUCAACCGUUGUUCAUACUCCUCCUCCUCUUCCUCCGGCGAUGAAUCUCACCCUUCCGGUCCUUCAGUCGACGACAGCAACAAACGCAUCGACUACAUGAUCCAAUUCCUCGACCGGAGGCUAAGCGAAGACGGCAAUUUCGACGGGAUCGGAGCGGAGAGCGACGGCGAUGGAUCCGAUUCUCUGCCGGAAUUCGUUGGGAAGUGUGGAGGAACCGGGAUCUUCAAGGUUCCGAUUAGGUCGGCAGUUCAUCCAAAUCGACCACCGAGUCUUGAGGUUAGACCACAUCCGUUAAGGGAAAGUCAAAUCGGACGGUUCUUAAGGACGAUGACUAGCACUGAGAGACAAUUGUGGGUUGGUGGUGAAGACGGUGGGUUGAAGGUAUGGGACUUCGAUGAACUGUACGGAAGCGGACGGAGUUUAGAGGCGGAGGAUACGGCGCCUUAUAAGGAGACUCCGGAGAUGGAGGUUGGUUCUUCGGUUGUUUGUAUGAUCGGAGAUGAAGGUAGUAGAGUGGUUUGGAGUGGGCAUAGAGAUGGGAGGAUUAGAUGUUGGAAACUGACAGCUGAUCAUGGCAUUGAAGAAGCCUUGUCGUGGCAAGCUCAUCGUGGUCCUGUGCUCUCCAUUGUCAUCUCGGCUUAUGGAGAUAUAUGGUCAGGGUCUGAGGGAGGCGCUCUUAAAGUUUGGCCAUGGGACGCUCUUGAGAAGUCUCUUUCUUCGACGAUGGAAGAAAGGCACAUGGCUGUGUUAUCAGUAGAGAGAUCGUAUAUUGACGCUAGGAACCAGGUUUCUGUCAAUGGAUUUGCUAAUACAUUAACGUCAGAUGUGACGUUCCUCCUAUCUGAUCAUACGAGGGCAAAAAUUUGGAGUGCUAGUCCCCUGACAUUUGCUUUGUGGGAUGCUCGCACAAGGGAAUUGAUCAAAGUAUUUAAUAUUGAUGGGCAGCUCGAGAACCGAACUGACAGUUCUGUAUUUCCUGAUUUUGGGACUGAGGAAGAGGGGAAGAUGAAGAUAACUGCUUCAAAGAAAGAGAAAGCUCAAUCUUCUCUUGGUUUCUUUCAGCGGUCACGUAAUGCCCUUAUGGGAGCAGCUGAUGCUGUUCGUCGUGCUGCAACAAAAGGGGGUUUUUGUGAUGAUAGUAGGAGAACUGAAGCUGUCGUUAUAUCAGUGGAUGGACAGAUUUGGACUGGAAGUGCAAACGGCAUCCUUAUGCGAUGGGACGGAAAUGGUAAUUGCUUGCAAGAGUUCUCAUACCAGUCUUCUGGUAUUCUCUGCAUGUUUACUUUUUGUUCUCGGCUGUGGGUUGGUUAUUCCAGCGGCAUUGUUCAGGUAUUAGACCUUGAGGGAAAGCUGCUUGGAGGAUGGGUGGCUCAUAGUGGUCCUGUAAUAAAAAUGGCUAUUGGUGGUGGUUAUUUAUUUACCCUUGCGAAUCAUGGAGGUAUCCGAGGAUGGAAUGUUACUUCUCCAGGGCCCCUUGACAAUGUAUUGCGGGCUGAGUUGGCUGGGAAAGAAUUUUUAUAUUCAAGGAUUGAGAAUCUGAAAAUAUUAGCGAGUACAUGGAAUGUUGGGGAGGGUAGGGCAUCAACCGACUCACUUGUAUCUUGGUUAGGCUCUGCUGCAACUGGAGUUGAGAUCGUUGUUGUUGGACUGCAAGAAGUCGAAAUGGGAGCAGGAGUUCUUGCAAUGUCCGCAGCAAAAGAAACAGUGGGACUUGAGGGUAGUCCACUUGGUCAGUGGUGGAUGGAUAUGAUUGGGAAAACUUUGGAUGAGGGUUCAUCGUUUGUUCGUGUUGGCUCUAGACAGCUGGCAGGGUUGCUCAUAUGUGUAUGGGUUAGAUAUGACCUUAAGCCUCACGUGGGAGAUAUUGACGCUGCUGCGGUUCCUUGUGGUUUUGGACGAGCGAUUGGUAAUAAGGGAGCUGUCGGUGUGCGGCUCAGAAUGUAUGAUCGAGUAUUGUGCUUUGUUAAUUGUCAUUUUGCUGCACACUUAGAAGCUGUUAAUCGGCGAAAUGCCGACUUUGACCAUGUUUAUCGAACAAUGGCUUUCUCACGGUCUAGUUCACUCAAUCCAGGAGCUGGUAUGCUGCGAAAUAUAUUUCUAUCAUGCUCUGUUGCCUGCUUGGCUUAUCAAUUUUGGCCUAUUCAUUGGUCUCUCUUGUUAUUGGUCUCCUCAAUUGCAGCUGGUGCUUCAUUUGGCGUGUCAGUGCCUCGUGGUGGCAAUGCUGUGGGUGUCAACACAGUUGAAGCAAGGCCUGAAUUAUCCGAGGCAGACAUGAUCGUAUUUCUUGGAGAUUUUAAUUAUCGCUUGGAUGAUAUAACUUAUGAUGAAACAAGGGAUUUCAUUUCUCAAAGAUGCUUUGAUUGGCUAAGAGAAAAAGAUCAGCUACAUGCUGAAAUGGAAGCUGGGAAUGUUUUUCAAGGGAUGCGUGAAGCAGUUAUCAGGUUCCCUCCAACAUACAAGUUUGAAAGGCACCAAGCUGGUCUAGCAGGAUAUGAUUCCGGGGAGAAGAGACGGAUUCCUGCCUGGUGUGAUAGGAUUCUAUAUCGCGAUAGCAAGAAACAUUUGGGAGCUGACUGCGGUUUGGAUUGUCCAGUGGUUUCUUCUGUAUCACAGUAUGAUGCCUGCAUGGAUGUAACAGACAGUGACCACAAGCCCGUCCGCUGUGUGUUUAGCGUUAAGAUUGCCCGGGUCGAUGAAUCAGUCAGGAGACAAGAACUUGGGAACAUCAUAAAUACGAAUAAGAAAAUCAAGGUCAUGCUUGGAGAGUUAAGCAAGGUUCCAGAAACAAUUGUCAGCACUAAUAACAUAAUACUUCAAAAUCACGAUUCAACAAUUCUGCGUAUUACGAAUAAGAGCGAGAAGAACAUUGCUUUCUUCAAAAUCAUUUGUGAAGGUCAGUCUAACAUUGAGGAGGAUGGUCAGGCAUACGACCAUCGAGCGAGAAGCGCUUUCGGGUUUCCCCAGUGGCUAGAGGUGUCUCCCGGAACCGGAAUAAUCAAACCAAACCAAAUAGCCGAGAUCUCAGUCCAUCUCGAAGACUUCCCAACAGUAGAAGAGUUCGUGGACGGUGUCGCUCACAACUCUUGGUGCGAAGACACAAGAGACGAGGAAGCCAUAUUAGUCCUCGUGGUACACGGAAGAUUCUCUACCGAAACAAGAAACCAUAGAAUCCGUGUCCGUCAUUGCCCUCGUGGUAGAUCCGCAAAGAAACAUUACCAUGAUAAACCCAAAAACUCGGGAGAAAUAAACGCUCUUCAUCGGUCGGAUUAUCAACAGCUAAGUAACACUCUUGAUGUUGUUGAGCAGCUAAGGAACUUACACAGUCCUUAGAUGCCAACUAUCUCUCUUUUUCUCUCUUGGAGGGCUUUUUAAGUGUACAGUGAGAUUAAAGCAACGUCCUCCAUGUGAUAAAUAAUUUGUAACAUGUUGUCUUUUUGGAUUCUAAUGGAAGAAAUGGU